AUGCGCUGGUCCACAUACUUGACGGCGUCUUGCCUGCUGGCCUUCGCGGCGGCCGCUCCUUCUGCUCUAAAGAAGCGUAGCAAACUUCAAUUCUUCGGUGUCAACGAGUCUGGCGCCGAGUUUGGCACUGGAAACAUUCCUGGCGUAUAUGGCACGGACUACACAUGGUACACCUUGUCCACGUACGACACCUUCAUCAAGGAUGGAUUCAAUACCUUUCGUCUCAACCUGUUGAUGGAACGCCUGGUACCCAACAAAAUGACUGGGCCAGCAGACACCCACUAUCUCGGCAACCUGACCCAGCAGGUCAACUACAUCACAGGCAAAGGUGCCUAUGCCAUCAUAUGCCCACACAACUAUGGACGCUACUAUAACAACAUCAUCACCUCUACCAGCGACUUUCAAGCCUUCUGGAAGACCGUUGCUACAGCUUUCAAGGGCAACAGCAAAGUCAUUUUCGAUACUAACAACGAAUACCAUGACAUGUCUGGUACGCUCGUUGCUCAGCUCAACCAGGCUGCUAUCAAUGGUAUUCGUGCUGCCGGUGCCACGAGUCAGUAUAUCACAGUUGAAGGCAAUGCUUAUACUGGAGCCUGGACAUGGACGACAGCCACAGGCACUGAUGGCAAAACUAAUGCGCAGACGAUGGGAUCAUUGACUGACUCCAGCAACAAGCUCAUUUAUCAGAUGCACCAGUAUCUCGACUCUGAUGGUAGUGGCACGGCGACCACAUGUGUCAAUACCACAAUCGGCUCUACUCGACUUGUCGCAGCCACGAAUUGGCUCCGUGCGAACGGCAAGAAAGGUCUGAUUGGUGAGUAUGCUGGCGCUGUCAACUCUGUCUGCGAAGCCGCUGUCAAAGAUAUGCUGGCCUAUAUCGACAAAAACAGCGAUGUUUGGACUGGCGCUCUUUGGUGGUCUGCCGGACCGUGGUGGGGUGAGUCCAUCAUGCUUUUGACUUUCGUCCAGUGA